AGAAUCGUAGGCAGUGCUCGAGAGCUGCUUUGAAAGGUCGUAAGAAGACUGUGGGAUCUGUUUAAUUAUCGGUGAAAACUCACUGUUUCUUGCACUAUGGGUGAGAAACCGUUGACGGAUGCUGAACGGAAGAGGCAAAUCUCUCUUCGACGGCUCCCGAUCGUAGAAGGUGUGAACAGUCUAAAAGAAGCUUUUAAUCGCCAUUUGCACUACUCGCUCGUCAAGGACAGAAACGUAGCAACGAAACGCGACUACUUCGCUUCUUUGGCGCACACAGUGAAGGACAAAUUGGUUGGAAAGUGGAUUCGAACACAGCAAGCUUAUUACGAGAAAGAUCCCAAGCGUGUAUAUUAUCUUUCACUGGAGUAUUACAUGGGCCGCGCGCUCACAAACACUAUGAUCAAUCUAGGAAUUCAAGGAGAAUGUGAUGAAGCCAUGUACCAGCUUGGCCUUGAGAUGGAAGAGUUAGAGGAAGUUGAGGAAGAUGCUGGUCUUGGAAAUGGAGGUCUUGGAAGAUUGGCAGCAUGCUUUUUGGAUUCACUGGCUACCUUAGGUUAUGCUGCAUAUGGCUAUGGAAUCAGAUAUGAAUAUGGAAUAUUCAAACAAGCUAUUGACAGUCAUGGAAAUCAGAUUGAGUUGCCAGAUGACUGGCUGAAAUUUGGAUGUCCUUGGGAAAAGGCUAGACCAGAGUACAUGAUCCCUGUUCAUUUUUAUGGAAGAGUUGAGUCAGACGUAACUGGCAAAACAAAGCGCUGGGUUGAUACAAGUACAGUGUAUGCUAUGCCUUACGAUCAACCCAUCCCUGGCUAUGGCAACAACACUUGUAACACCAUGAGACUGUGGGCAGCUAAAUCUCCAAAGAGUUUUGAUCUUUCAUACUUUAAUGAUGGAGAUUACAUAAAAGCUGUACUGGACAGAAAUGUGGCAGAGAAUAUUUCAAGAGUUCUAUACCCAAAUGAUAAUUUUUUUGAGGGGAAGGAGCUACGCUUGAAGCAACAGUACUUUAUGGUUUCUGCCACACUCACUGACAUUGUUAGAAGAUACAAAGCCCCAAAAUUUGGUUCCAGAGAAGCUGUUCGCACAACUUUUGAGGAUUUUCCAGACAAGGUUGCUAUUCAGCUGAAUGACACUCAUCCUUCUCUAGCCAUUCCAGAACUCAUGAGAGUAUUCCUGGACAUUGAGAAACUCAGCUGGGAUAAGGCGUGGGAUAUUUGUGUGAAGACUUUUAGUUACACCAAUCACACGGUUCUUCCUGAAGCAUUAGAAAGAUGGCCAGUACACAUGUUGGAAUACAUUCUGCCCCGCCAUCUGGAGAUCAUCUAUGAAAUAAAUGCUCUCUUCCUAAAGAAAGUAACAGAGAAGUGGCCAGGAGACCUGGAGAAAAUGCGACGAAUGUCUCUGGUGGAAGAAGGACCUGAAAAACGCAUUAACAUGUCACACUUGUGCAUUGUUGGUUCACAUGCAAUCAAUGGAGUAGCCGCUCUUCACUCUGAACUUCUCAAAAUCUCUGUGUUUAAAGACUUCUAUGAGAUGUUUCCAGAGAAGUUUCAAAACAAGACCAAUGGCGUGACACCUCGACGAUGGCUUCUUCUUUGCAACCCUGGGUUGUCAGAUCUUAUCUGCGAGAAAAUUGGUGAAGGAUGGAUCACUGAUCUUUCUCAGCUCAGAAAGUUAGAGAAGUAUGUCAAUGACAGAAACUUCAAACAUGCUAUCAUGAGGAGCAAACAGGAGAACAAGAUCAGACUUACAGAUUACAUCAAGAGAGAGUAUGGCAUUGACGUCAAUGUGAACUCCAUUUUUGACGUGCAAGUAAAACGGAUUCACGAGUACAAGAGACAGCUUAUGAACUGUCUUCAUGUUAUAAUUAUGUACAACCGACUUAAGGCAAAUCCAGGCAUGGAGUUUGUUCCACGCACUGUCAUGAUUGGAGGAAAGGCAGCUCCAGGCUACUACAUGGCCAAACUGAUCAUUAAACUCUUCAACAGCAUUGCCAAAGUGGUGAACAAUGAUCCAAUCAUCGGGGACAAACUCAAACUUGUGUUUCUUGAAAAUUACCGAGUCUCACUUGCUGAGAAGGUUAUCCCAGCAGCUGACCUCUCUGAACAGAUAUCCUUGGCGGGGACUGAAGCAUCUGGGACAGGAAACAUGAAAUUCAUGAUGAAUGGUGCGCUGACCAUUGGUACGCUUGAUGGAGCCAAUGUGGAGAUGAGGGAGGAGAUGGGCAGCGAAAACAUCUUCAUCUUUGGAAUGACUGUUGACGAAGUCAAUUCCUUGAGAGCAAAAGGCUAUAAGCCAAUGGAUUAUUACGACAACAACACUGAACUCAGGAAAGCCAUCAAUCAGAUCAGAGACAAUCACUUUUCACCGACUGAACCUGGUGCUUUCCAGGAUAUUGUCAAUUCUCUCCUGCAUCAUGAUAGGUUCCUUCUGAUGGGAGAUUUUGAUGCGUACGUGAAAUGUCAAGAACGGGUCAGCGAAGUAUUCCAGGAUCCCGACCACUGGCACAGCAUGGCAAUCAUGAAUAUUGCAUCUUCUGGUAAAUUUUCAAGUGACAGGACCAUCAAGCAGUAUGCAGAUGAAAUCUGGGGUGUGAAACCUUUAAGCACUAGUGAAGUGAAGACCGUCAGAGGGAAAUAAGCUGCCAUUUUGCCAGUUUAAAGAAAAUUGGUACCUCAGCAAGGGUUUUGCAAUGAAUUCCUAGGCCUGAAUCUUUAAAUAAACGGUUAUAUUUAGUGCUAUAUAUGGCAAAUUUAGUGAAUGACACUUGCUUACAUGUAUGUGUUGCUUGCUCUAAGGCUCUAAAUUUCAAACAUUAAUAGGUUUAAGCUAUGGUAAAAUUGUUGAGCUAUUUGCUGCAGUUUAAGUUAGAUGUAACAUAAAGUAACACAGAGCAAUUAUUAACCACUAGAGGGAAAGUAGGUCUUUAUUUGGUCAAGAAUUCUUGAGGUUCAGUUUACAGCAUUGUACAACGGGUAAGAGAAACGAGUCAAAAGUUGCAGUAAGAGUCAAAUAGUGUAAAGAGCUCAAAUGAGAUUAAACAUCUCCAAGUGUAGUUUUCAAGAGUUAGAAAAUACAUAAGAUAAUACUAACCUAGGUAAGUUGAAUUCUUGAUAAGAUCCAAUUGAAAUGAUUGGAUUGAUGAUCUUACAAUGGAAUAAAAUCGUUUUUGUUAAGCUUGUCUUGCCCAGGUGCCAUUGUUCUAUUGUUCAGGGUUAGUUGCCCUUAGGACUGUUAAAAUUGCUUUUGAGAUUUGUUAUUUUUCCUAAAGUAGCAUUUAUAUAGCAUUAAUUACUGUAGGGAACUAUAAAAUGUUUGGAGUUGUCUAGUGUGAUUUGUACAUCUAAAUCAUUCCACAUUUUCAAGUAAUCAAGGCUUGGUCUCUCGCCUGUUCCUGUACUUGAGUUUUCCUUUAACUCUUAUUUGCCACUUUUCUUUGUAAUGAUUGGCUGAUGGGAUUAAUUUUAAAGCAAUCAAAUUUUAAGUUUGAAUCAAAAUCUGUAACAUGUGUCAAUGUCGUAACAAUUUUUUACCCUUGUGUUGAAAAACAAUUCUACUUAAUAUUCUUAUUAGUAAUUUGAUAUUAUUAAAAGGUUCGCUAAAGAAAUGAUUUACAAUUGUGAUAAAUUAUUAACUCAAAUAAAACUCAACACUGGUUCCCUCUCAUCAAACAUGCCUUAAAAUUGAAUCAAACAUAAAUUUCACAGCACGGAAGGGAAAUGAUCAUUGAAAAACAUUGAGGUUGGUUUGUUUUUUUUUGAUGGUUUUGUUCUUGUGUUGUGAGCAGAAAAUGAAAAUUGCAACCAUUGAAUGCUAUCAAUAAACUUGUGUAAUUUUCAGUGUCAUUACCAUUAUCACAAAACAAACAAAUAUCAACAAACAGUAAACAUUUAGUACUUAACUUUGCAUUAGAAUAGAUUACAAAGCUUUGCUAGUACUGUGAGUAUAUCUCAACAACAUAAUUUAUGUAGUGGUAUUUAAACCUUUAUUUUGCAUAUGUCCAUUACAGUAAGUAGUGACAUUUUUCCCAUGAAUAAGCUGGAUAACUGUUUAAAAAAAUAUUCAAGGUAUUAUUUUUCUUCUAGUUUCGUAUUUGUGGUGCCAUACACUCUUCUCUAUGUCGUGCACCUUUAGGUCAGGUGAUUAUUGAUAAUAGUCACCUUGUAACAAGAACAAUAAGAAACAAUUUGAAUGGCAUGUGCUGCAUUGCUUUAAUUUAUUUUCCAUGGAUGUAUGUUUUUUGGAAUAGUACAAUAAAUAUUGAUAAUAUGAAGGUUUUUGAUGGUCUGGCUUUUUGUGUACUUAUUAAUUAACUUAUUAUUGAGAUCAUCUUUUUGUUAUUUGCACUAUAUGUUAAAUGGCAUGAUGGAAGCAGACAAGUGAACAAAAACAGGGGAGGUUUUGGCUGACCUACAGCCAAACCUCCAUCACUUCUUCACUCUACUGCUACUAUUGCACUGUUCACUAUUAUUUGUUCAAUUUUACUGACUGGAUUUUGG